UUUCGUCUCUCCGGCACGCAACACAACACACCUCGGCACUCGACACCAAACGAUACAUGCGCCGUACGCAGUAACGACGGGGCGUGAUGGCCAUGAGCACCACAAGGAAGCGAGGAGCCUUUUAUGUUUUCGAGAAGCCGCUCGUUUCCCGGCUCCCUUUCGAGGCCGAAGUGGACGCGGGCGGCCUUGCGAGAAAGAGAGUAAGGAUCGCGGCAACAACAACAACCGAAACAACAAGGCCACCAUCACCCCCAGCCCACGAAGACCUGGAUGUCAACACGAGCGAGAAUGUCGAGACACAGCACUGGUGGACGAGAGAGGCGCUGCAAGAACGGCAUCGCGGAGAGGAGGCCGAUAGCUGCUCUUCAAGUAGUGCCAUCGCUCCUGUAGGUGCGGAUGUUGGGCGGGGCUGUUGGUUAGGCGGCAGAUGGGGCGCGAGAGAAGGAAGCGGCAGGGAUACAAGAGGAGGAACGAGGCCGUCUAUGGAGAGGGUUGAACCCGAGUGCCCGGACAAGCAGGCCGUAUCUACCGCGGCAACUGGGGGCGCAGGGCCUGGGCGAACGCUGGUCCAGCUCAAAAUCGACGCCAUGUUUGCAGUACCCGGACUGCCGUGCACGCCUCCAUCAGAGUGUUCUGGUCGAAUCGCCAAUGCAGAACUCUGCGAUGGGGAGUGUGCCCGAACUACAUGCAGAGGAGAUGGUGCAAUGGAUGUUGACGUGGGUGUAGGAGCGGAACCUGGGGAAGAGGGUGGGCCUGCCUGCUACGCUUGCAGAGGCGCGCUAGGAACGGCGGGCGGGGACAUUUUGUGUUCGUUUUGUGAUCGUGCUGCGUGCCAAGCAUGCUGGCAGAGGUGCUCCGCUUGCGGAGUUCCCCACUGUAGUCUGUGCUUAGCGGCAGAUUACAACUCGCAGUUUGAGUGCUACUUCUGCCCGUCAUGCUAUCAGGAUAAAAGACUCGAAUGUUGCUAGGAAAAUGUUUGAUAGGACAGGCGUGAGUGCAACGUCUCGAAGAAGGGUCGGCGGGAGGGCAAGCGUAUGCAUGUCUGCUGGGGGAUGACGUAUGCCCAUCACCCCACAUGCAGCACACGAAGCUUGAAGCGUUUCCGAGCGUGGUUGGGGCUGGUUCAUGUGUCAAACGGGCUGUUGGCUUUGCCAAUCGUUUUUUUUGCCUUUUCCCAAGAACAUGUGUGGUUUUCGAAGCGGGCGUGUUGCUUCAGGUGUUUGGUGGUCGUUCGUGAGGGUAGAAUGUGCAAAAAUCGUUGGCAGCAACCAUAGACUAGUCUAGAGGUUGAGAACAUGUCGUAGAACAGCCAAGCGUUAGCCAACCGUUUUGACGCGUUCCUACCCUGUAAGCUGGUUGUUGCCGAGGACAGGCGACUGCAGCUUGCUCAGGCCUCCUAGCUCCUUGGGGACACAGUCUACGUAAAUAGCAACGCAAUAGUGAGAUAUGGUUGUCUUGUGUACGGAGACUGCAGGUUUCGAGAACAUGUACACGGGUUACUCACCUAAGCGUGGGUGACUAGCCCGUUUACAUGUCCUGGAAAUCUGCCAAUCUCCGUCACAUCAAUAUUACCAUGUCUUUUUCCUGCUUUGCUGUUUUCGAAGGCCGCAUGUCCAAGGCGCUAGUAGCUCUGAGCAUGCUGCGCGCGCUUUCUUUCAACACCAAUCAUUUUUCAGGUUCGGAAAUUGUCCAAAGGGUUUUACUGUUGUGAUGUUUUAUUAGCACACCUAGGUUGCCUCCACAGGCUGUAAAGAUUGCAUGCUUGAGAUUGAAGUCAGAAAAAACAACAGAGUGAUGAUCCUCACAGCAUGAGUGAGUGCUCUUCAGUUGUACUACGGUAUCGGAGGGUAUCGAGAUGAGUACUGUAGGUUGAGGUUCCUCCUGGUGGUGUACUGCGGAUAGAAACGACUCUGUGAGCAUGCUGAAUCAUUCUGUCGUCAAUAACAAUGCGUUCGGUUCAUCGAGAGUUGCUUUCCAUGAGAACCACUGCGGAAACACCACUGGUUGUGC